AUGUCCAAAUCCUGCGAAUCCUCCAGAUCGCUACAAGAACAUGAUCAUGAAGCAAAUGAGACUUUCAAGAGUUUUCAGCUUUUGGACGUUGAUGACUCCGAAAGUGUGAGAGAGAUGCCGUGUUCCUCCAAAUUCUCCAGAAUUUCACACAGAUCUGAACGAAGCCUACCAAAACAAGAAGAUCUUGUGGCGUUGCGGGACAAAGCUGAGACUCUGAGGAGCGAACUUGAGGACUUGCAGAUUUUGAACGAUAAUAUGUGCGCUGAGGGUAUCGAUGCUCUGAGCGUGGCUGAGCUGCGUUCGCUGUUAGGUCCGCUUGAACAAGGCCUGCUCAGUGUGGAAACCCAAGUAGCAAAGAAGAGAAUAGAGCAGGAGGAAAUUGACAGAAGGAUGGUCAAGCAGGAAUUUGGAGAGGAAGGAGACACAGAUGAUGUUAAAUUAUGGAUUCAGAGCAAGAGGGAUCAGAGUUUGGAUCUGCAAUUACUUGCCGCAAAGAAAAGAUCUUUCUUUAGAAGGACAGGGAGAGAGCGCCGGAGGAGCACUGAGAGCAGAAAACAUUGGGAUGACCAUGAAACACUGGUUCAAGCCAUCAAGAAGAUGAAGAGAGAGAUCCCGAUAUUGCAGCUUUGGAACAGGAGAAUGUGCGGUGAAGAUAUCGAUGGUAUGGAUUUCUUUGAGCUGCUGGUACUCCGCAGGCAGAUUAAUAUUGGUCGGGUCUACAUUAGGUACUGGGUUUUGGAAAAAGGGGGAAAGCUGGGGAACUACGAGAGUAUUGGUGGAGAAAAUGAGCAUGGUGGAGAAAGGAGAAAAGUAUCCUGA